AUGCUCUCCUGGCUCGCGCUCCUCGGGGCCGCCGCUGCGCUUCCUCCCGUGCUCGCUGCACAGUACUCUCUCGCCGACUCCUACCAAGGCGCCGGCUUCCUCUCUGGCUUUUCACACGAGGACAUCCCCGAUCCCACCCACGGCCGAGUGAACUACCUGUCGCAAGAGGACGCAAUCUCCAGGAGCCUCACCAUCGCCCGCGAUGACAGCCUGAUCAUUCGCGCCGACUCGGCCGCCGUUUUGCGUGCAGGUGGUCCCGGUCGCGACUCGGUACGCCUGCGGAGUAACAAGCAGUACACGACCCAUGUCACGGUGUGGAACAUCCGGCACAUGCCACAGGGAUGCGGCACUUGGCCGGCGGUGUGGGAGGUGGGGGCGAAUUGGCCGGAUCUCGGAGAGAUCGACAUCGUCGAAGGCGUGAACGACCAGGCCCCCAACCAUUCCGCACUCCACACCGGAUCAGGCUGCACCAUGCCCCCCGUCCGCAUGCAAACGGGCACGCAGACGGGCGGAAACAACUGCGACAGCCGCGCGACGGGCAACACCGGCUGCGGCGUCAAGGACCGCCGUCCGAACAGCUUCGGCCCCGCCUUCAACCGCGACGGCGGCGGGUUCUACGCCAUGGAGCGCGCGCCGGACGGCGUCCGCGUCUGGUUCUGGGCGCGGCACGACCACGUCCCCGCCGACGUGCUGUCCGGCGCGGCCGAGGUGCACACCGGGAACUGGGGAAUCCCGGUUGCGUCCUGGCCGAGUGCGCGCUGCGACUUCUCCACGCACCUCGGUCCGCACUGGAUAGUCAUCAACCUGACCUUCUGCGGAGACUGGGCGGGCCAGGAGGGCGUUUACCGUUCCAGCGGGUGCCCGGACACCUGCAUCUCAUAUGUGGAGAACAACCCCGACGCGUUCGCCGACGCCUACUUCGACGUCGCGUGGCUGAAGGUGUACGAGCCGCACGUCCGUCCUGGAAACGAGACCGUGGAAGAGGCGCCGAAGUCGAAGCACUCCAUCCGGAUGAAAAUGAAGCACGCUCUCAAACGGGAGGUCCAGCAGCUGGUCUCGUUUGUUUCCUGA